AUGUUAACCACCAUUCAAGUGCUCUCAGGAGAGAAGGAAUCAUACAUUGAGAAGGUGAAGCACGCCAAAGUAAACCUACUACAUGCUAAAGAGGAACUUAAAACAGCUAAAUCUAGGUAUGAUUAUUUGGAGAUGAUGAGGCAUCAAAAGUCUUCAACUGGAGCGGGACCUACCACUGAAGAUCUUGCAAAGUGUUGUGAACCAACUGCCACAGAUGAGCCAUUUGCUCUGGCAAAUGACAACAGUGUGUUGAAAGACUGCAUCACCUUGGAUAAAGAAAUAGAAAGUGCGAGUCAUCAGGCGAGUGCUUCAUAUUGCGUGCCCAGGAAGUGUAUUGCGGUGAUUCCAGCGCAAGAUUGA